UCUCUCUCAGUCGGUCUCUGGCUCAUUAGAGAUCAUGUCAGGAUGGGAGGAUGAUGAAGAUGAUGGCUCUCUGGGUUUCUCUCCGUGAGCUGCGGGCUGGAAGGUGAAAUCAGCGUCUUCUUCUUCAUCACUGAAGACUGAAAGAUCUGGAGAGGAUGAAGAACGAGUGAGUGAAUGAACGCGCUGUCAGAACCUUCCAGAAAUCCAGAUGGAGCAGGAUGUCGAGAGCACCGUCACGGUCCGACAGCCCAAGCUGCCCAAGCAGACGUGGGACGACGUCCCCAAACCGCUGCAGGACAGGGAGCGCACCAAGCAGAAGAUCCAGCGCUACGUCCGCAAAGACGGCAAGUGCAACGUGCAUCACGGAAACGUGCGGGAGACCUACCGCUACCUGACGGACAUCUUCACCACGCUGGUGGACCUCAAGUGGAGGUUCAACCUGUUCAUCUUCGUGCUGGUUUACACCGUGACGUGGCUGUUCUUCGGCUUCAUGUGGUGGCUGAUCGCUUACAUACGAGGAGAUCUGGAGCACAUAGGAGACAACCAGUGGACUCCUUGUGUCAACAACCUCAACAGCUUCGUGACGGCGUUCUUGUUCUCGAUAGAGACGGAGACGACCAUCGGCUACGGCCACAGGGUGAUCACUGACAAGUGCCCCGAGGGCAUCGUGCUGCUGCUGGUGCAGUCGGUGCUGGGCUCCAUCGUCAACGCCUUCAUGGUGGGCUGCAUGUUCGUGAAGAUCUCGCAGCCCAAGAAGCGCGCCGAGACUCUGGUGUUCUCCACCAACGCCGUCAUCUCCAUCCGCGACGGCCGGCUUUGUCUGAUGUUUCGCGUCGGAGACCUGCGGAACUCGCACAUCGUGGAGGCGUCCAUUAGAGCCAAACUGAUCAAGUCCAAACAGACCAAGGAGGGAGAGUUCAUCCCUCUCAAUCAGACGGACAUGAACGUGGGCUAUGACACCGGAGACGACCGGCUCUUCCUGGUGUCUCCGCUCAUCAUCUGCCAUGAGAUCAAUCAGCACAGCCCCUUCUGGGAGAUCUCCAAAGAGUACCUGGCCCAUGAGGAGCUGGAGAUCGUGGUGAUCCUGGAGGGCAUGGUAGAGGCCACAGAUGAUCCUGUUGAGAAGUUUCCCUCUUCUGAUGGUUGUUCACAUCUUUUCCAGCAUCUUCUGCACAUUUGAGCUCUUCCCGACAGCGAGUGCAUGAUGUGAGAUCCAUCUGUUCACACUGAAGACCAGCGAGAGACUGCUCGAGAAGGAAACACACGAUACUCCUCGACAUGAUCAUCUGUGUCAGUUCAGUUAUUAUCGGGUUUGUGGAAUAGAUGGAAACGUCUGCGGUUGCUAAUUUUUUUGAGACUUUCCACUAUUUUUAAUGGCCUUUGAGACUGAUUUCAGUGGUUUAGUUUCGCAUUUCAGCGUUAAAAUAGCCUGAGAAACGGAGGAUCUUCUAGAUACAAUUAGGCACACACACAAAAAGCAGCGCCUUUGCUUUCUCUGCAACUGUGAUGCUAUUCUGAGGGUUUGUGAAUGCGGUUGCCAUGGCGACGGCUCAGCAUUAGGACAACACACUGACAUUAUAUAACAACCUUAUCUAAACCGUGCCGCCGGAGUAUUACUGUUAUUAUGAUUACUAGUGUUGUUAUGAUGCACACGAUUGAUCUGUCAUCAUUGCGGCAGGACUCUCAGUCUUCUGUCUCUUGUUCAGUAGCGCAGGGCCACGUGUGCAGAUCACGACACGCAGAGU